UCGCAUGAGAGAGAAGAGAGAGAUGGGGGAGAGUCCCACAACUGUCUGUCCCCGCUGUUGGACAAAACUGCCACCGCCAAUAAUGCUUGGGACCUUGUAAACCAGACAACUAAGUCUAACUCCCUCACUCUCUCUCUCUCUCUCUUCACACACUCACCAACUCUUCCCACUACUGUUUCAAAUACAUAUCAAUCUCUAGCAUAUCUCUUGUAACCCCAGUUGAGAACUUUCCACCUUUCAUUUCUUACCUCUUUACUCUCUCUUUGGAUAUAUAUCAUACCACUCUCCCCUCCUACUCCUACUACUACUGUUUUGUGACCUGAGACUGGUUCCAAGCACAUCAUUUAUUAUUAUUCUUCUAUAUAGUUUUAUAUAAGAAAGAGGGUAUCAAAGCCAUAUCAUAUCAGAAAACACAAAGGAAUAAUAUAUUGCGGGGGUGUUUGUUUCUCAUAUGGGGUCUCGCUCUGCUUCUCCAUAGGGAUUACAUUUAUUACCAUUCUUUUGUUAGCUAUCACUACCAUACGGAAUGUUGGUCACCCUCAUACACUCCCUAAGGUAGCAGCAUUUAAUUAACACUACUACUACUACUUUGAUCACUACUGCUCAGCUUUCAUCAUGGAAAGGCUCCAAGGACCCCUCAAUUCCUGUUUCUUUGGAGACCCUUUGGAAGUGAAUUGUUUGGACCAAGUUCUGGUGGAUGAAGAAAGCCUGAGACUAGAAGAGGAAGAGCAGUUUCUGAUAUCUAGCUUAGAGGACAACAUGCCGUUCCUUCAGAUGCUUCAGAGUGUGGAAUCCCCACAGUUUUUCCCUUUGAAAGAGCCAAACUUUCAAACACUUCUGAGGCUGCAGCACAUGAAGAAGCCAUGGGAGGGAAUAGCCUACAUUCCAAGAAUGGAAGCACAAGUGCAAGCAGCAUUGGAGCUAGAGAGUUGUGUGACACAUGACAUGUUGGAGAUGCAGUCACCAGUGAAGUCAGAAAGCAAUGAACUCCAACACCCACUUUCAAUUUCAUGUUUUGAGAAAGUGAACUAUGAGUGCAACCAGGAACCACAGAAAGUUUCACAAACAUGCCCCAAAUCUCAGCCAGCAGCAACAAGGGAAAGGAGAAAGAGAAAGAGAACAAGGCCAAGCAAGAACAAGGAAGAUGUGGAGAACCAACGCAUGACCCACAUUGCUGUUGAACGCAACCGGCGACGCCAAAUGAAUGACCACCUCAGUGUCCUUAGAUCCCUCAUGCCACCUUCAUAUAUUCAAAGGGGUGACCAAGCCUCAAUAAUUGGGGGAGCAAUAGAUUUUGUGAAGGAGUUGGAGCAGUUGCUUCAGUCCCUUGAGGCACAAAAAAGGAUGAGAAAGAAUGAAGAGGGUGGUGGUGGUUCUUCUUCUUCUUCCACCAUGUUGUGUAAGCCCCCACCACCAUCGUCAUUAUCAUCACCACAUGGCUAUGGAAUGAGGUCAUCAACUAGUGAUGAAGUGAACUGUGGGGAUGAAGUGAAGGCAGAAAACAAGUCAGAGGCAGCAGACAUAAAAGUGACCUUGAUUCAAACCCAUGUGAACUUGAAAAUUGAGUGCCAAAGGAGGCCAGGACAAUUGUUAAAGGUCAUUGUUGCUUUGGAGGACCUUAGGCUAACCAUUCUGCACCUCAACAUCACCUCCUCAGAGACUUCUGUCCUUUACUCCCUCAAUCUCAAGAUUGAAGAAGAUUGUAAGCUAUGUUCAGCAAGUGACAUUGCAGAAGCAGUUCAUCAAAUAUUCAGCUUCAUUAAUGGUAGCUAGAGACCACUAGCUCCAAUCUUAGGGGGUGGUAGCAGAAGAAUAAAGGACGAAUCAUUGCAAGGAAGAUAGGGAAACGGGGAACACAGUGCACCCAUUUCUUGUCUACAUAACAAUAUGAAAUGUAUAAUGUUAGUUGGUAACUUAGAGAUAAUAUAUGAUGAUGGUACUACUGAAGGAGGAUAAGGCAUGUGGUGAUAUAUUAUUUGCUGCUCAAAUGGUUUUCUCUUGUGUUAUAGAUUAAAAUGCAAGUUUUGUUGUAUGAUAUUAUGGUGAAUUGCUUGUUAAUUUGUUUUUUUGGUGCAUUGAGAAUUUGGAUUGUGGUAUGGUGGUGGGGGAUAAUAGAGGGUAGGGCCCAUUAGAAGAAGGAGGGCCCCACUUUGAAAAUUUUGGAGUUUUCAUCAUUACGAUUUACUAGGGAGGGGAAUGAUGCUUCUCUUUUUAUAUUGACUUUGCGUGAUGGCCGUAUACUAUAAAAGAUGUUUCAUAAUGUAUAUGCUCA